GGCCAUGUAGCACUGCAAGCUUGCUCGAUAUAAACCCCUUUCAAACACACUGCCAUCAUCAGUCCCAGUCCAGGUCUAGAUCACAACAACACCACCACCAGCAGCAGCACCAGCACGCACGUAGAACUAGCGACAUGGCCGACGAGGAGGGUUGCAUGUACGCGGUGCAGCUGGCGUUGUCGUCGGUGCUGCCGAUGACGCUCAAAGCCGCCAUCGAGCUGGGCCUGCUGGAGACCCUGGUGGGUGCCGGCGAGGGGACGCUGAGUCCGGAGGAGGUGGCCGCAAAGCUGCCGGCCAAGGCCAACCCGGAGGCGGCGGCCAUGGUAGACCGCAUGCUGCGGGUGCUAGCCUCGCACGAGAUCGUGUCGUGCGUGGUAGAGGAGGGCAAGGACGGCAGCCUCUCCCGUCGCUAUGGCGCCGCGCCGGUGUGCAAGUGGCUCACCCCCAACGAGGAGGGCGUCUCCAUGGCCGCCUGGGCCAUCAUCGCCCAGGACAAGAUCUUCAUGGACACCUGGUGCUACUUGAAGGAUGCCGUCCUUGAGGGUGGCAGCCCGUUCAAGAAGGCGCUCGGGAUGUCAUGGUUCGACUACGCCGGCACCGACAUGCGCUUCAACCACCUCUACAACGAGGCCAUGAAGCACCACUCCGGCAUCAUCACCAAGAAGCUCCUCGAGCUGUACACGGGCUUUGAUGGGCUCGGCACCCUCAUGGACGUCGGCGGCGGCAUCGGCACCACCAUCCACGCCAUCACCUCCAAGUACCCGAGCAUCAAGGGGAUCAACUACGACCUCCCCCAUGUCAUCUCCGAGGCGCCGCCAUACCCUGGCGUGCAGGUGCAGCACGUGGGCGGCGACAUGUUCGAGCAGGUGCCCUCCGGCACCGAUGCCAUCCUCAUGAAGUGGAUCCUCAACUGCUUCAGCGACCAGCAGUGCGCGACGCUGCUCAAGAACUGCUAUGACGCGCUGCCGGCGCACGGCAAGGUGAUCAACAUCGAGUGCAUCAUGCCGGUGAACCCGGACCCGACGCCUAGCGCGCGUGGGCUGAUCCAGAUCGACAUGAGCCUGCUCGCCUACAGCAAUGGUGGCAAGGAGAGGUACCAGAGGGAGCUCGAGAAGCUCGCCAUGGGCGCCGGGUUUGCCAGCGUCAAAUCCACCUAUAUCUACGCCAACUUCUGGGCCCUAGAGUACACCAAGUAGCAAAUAUCUCUUCUAGCUCUCCCCUGCAUCAAAAAUAUACUGAAUAAAAUAAAAUUCCAGCUAGUGCAGAUCGUGGGAUGACACGGUCAGCGUACGAGCUGCGAUAGGCACGAUUAGUUAUGCAUGUACGGAGAGCUCCGCUCCAAGAGAAUAAAAUGAAGAGAUCAGAAAAGCCGCAGAUUGCGCACGGC